CAGUCGCCGUCAAGCCAGGGUGUUUGACGCGCUCGCUAGGCGCGUGCGAUCAGUUUGCGAGAGUCGAUGGCAGUGGCCAGGCGGUCGUGUUGCUCCCGGUGGGAGGGCGCUCGCUCUCCCGACUCGCUCCUCGACAUCACGGCGAAGAUCGCCGCCGAGAACAUCCCGUUUCAACGCAUCGAAGAGCGCUACGACCGCAUACCGGAACCGGUGCAGCGGCGCAUCAUCUUCUGGUCGUUUCCGCGAAACGAACGCGACAUAUGCAUGUACUCUUCGCUGUCGCGAGUGCCCCCUGUGAAUUCCGCCGGUGGUGAGCCGUUGAAUCUGUCGUUUUGCAAAGGAUUAAAAUUACUCGAAGCUGGAUGUGUGGAUAACGUGUUGCAAGUUGGCUUCCAUUUGAGCGGCGUUGUCACGGGCAGUCGGCUGUCACAGCCUCCGACGCUACCAUGCGGCAACGUCGUCGGUGGCAGUCCAGAGCCACCGCAAAAGUUCAAAGUUUCAGUCAGUUUCGACAGAUGCAAGAUUACUUCGGUGACAUGCAGCUGCGAGACAAAGGAUAUUUUUUGGUGCCAACACGUUGUCGCGUUGUCCUUGUAUCGGAUACGGAAUGCGGAAAGCGUGCGUCUGCGAGUGCCCAUUUCAGAAACCCUCCUGCAGAUGGACAGACAACAGCUACAGAAAUUCGUUCAGUACCUGAUCUCAGAGCAUCACACCGAAGUGUUGCCGACCGCGCAGAAGCUGGCCGACGAGAUACUACAGCAACGCAGCGAAAUCAAUCAGAUUCCGGGGGCGCCCGAUCCGACGGCGGGCGCCUCCGCCGACGACGACCACACAUGGCACCUCGACGAGGAGCAGGUUUGCGAGCAGGUCAAAUCCUAUCUCUCGCAGGGCGCUUACUACAACGCCAAUAAACAAUUAAAUUCGUUGUUUUCCAAGGUCAGAGAAAUGCUGCGGGCGCAGGAUUCAAACGGCGCGCGCAUGUUGACGCUUAUCACGGAACAGUUCCUAUCCGAUCCCAGGCUGCAGCUGUGGCGCAUUCAAGGCCAGGCUAUGACUGAUAAGUGCCGUCAAUUGUGGGAUCAACUCGGCUCGUUGUGGGUGUGCAUAGUAUUAAAUCCGAAUUGUACAAAUCAUGAGAAGCACCAAUGGAAGCAACUCCUAGAGAAAUGGACGCAUAUUGAUGUAUGCCCACCGGAGGAUCCCGAUUUUCGGUUGCAUCAGACGAAUCAACGUGAUUCGUAUGCGAAUCGAGAUCGCGAUAGAGAUAGGCAUUACCACGACAGGGACCGCGAAAGGGAUCGGUAUGCGGAUAGAGAGCGGGAUCGUCGGGAGAGAAGAGACAGGGAUCGAGAAAGGGAACGCGAUAGGGAUCGCGGAAGGCCGGUCUAUGACUCUUCGAGCAGCUCUGAUGACGAUGAGGCCAGCUAUCUCUACAGUAGGAACAAUAACAAGCGAUUACGUUUAUCAGGGAAUCAUUCUAAGUCAGCACCAGCUUUACCUAGGACAGUAUUUCAUAGGGCUUUAGAUGCGGUCUCAAUGUCAUGGGACAAUAUGCACUUGAAGAACAUAUUAUCUAGCGACGUUUAUUGCUCACACGUGCCGGACAACUCCACUUCCGGCACAUUUAAUUCUCAAGGACAACCUUUAUGGAAUGAACCUAUACCUUUGUGUGCCGCAAGAGUCGAUUCUCUCCGCUCCCAUGGUCAUAUGGAAGCCGCCCUUCGGUUAGCAGUAUCUGUGGUGCGUACCAUGAAGCAACAGCAGUUGCUCGCCCAGAAAAAAUGGAACGAAAGCCAGCAAGCUGCGUGCAGCAGUAGUUCGUCGGCGGCGAGUACCAGUAAAGCGAAUAAACCGUGCACGUCAAGAUGUGCUGGCCAGUGUAUUGCGGGUGCUUCCUCCUCGUCGACGACGUCUACUAGUGCACCUGCAAAUACCGACGGUUGGGUGGGUCAUCCGCUUGAUCCCAUUGGCACCCUCUUCGAUACACUCGCAGACGCAUCGAUUGUUCCUGAAGACCAGCGACCCCGCACGCCCAGCUACCUAGAUCUGGUCGGGAUGGAAGACCAGCACAACAUUCGGCCGCGUUAUCAUCACGUUCCUGUCGUGGGAUCGCGCGACCGCUCCGAAACGUAUCUUACGUUAGCCUUCGAAGUUGCCUUGAUUGGACUGGGCCAGCAGCGCAUCAUGCCGGUCGGCCUUUAUGCUCAGGAGAAGGCGUGCAAACAGGAAGACCGUCUCAUUGCAAAGCUGCAGGAGAUCGAAGGCGAUAAUAAUCUGGUAGCGGUGUUGCGGCGACAGGCGAUUAUCUUGCUGGAGGGCGGGCCUGCGAGCGGUCUGGGAAUCGGUAUCCACCCGGAAAGCAUUCCGAUGCACACGUUUGCCCGCUUCAUGUUCCAAUCGCUGCUCAUCUACGAUCCGGAUCUUGCCUACGACGUGGGUCUGCGCGCGAUGCGUCUACCUCUUCUUGAAGAACAUGAGGAUUCCGAUGAUCCUAUGGGUGGAAAUGCCUCCAGCUCAUUGAUGAUGAGUCGCUCACCUCGGUGGUUCACCCUUGGGCACAUCGAAACUCAGCAAUGCACUCUGAGCAGCACAAUGCUAUCAGCUGCCAAGGGUGAAGUAAUGCGCUUGCGCACAGUACUUGAGUCUUCCCAGCGUCAUAUUCAUUCUUCGUCGCAUUUAUUUAAGCUGGCGCAGGAUGCGUUUCGCUUCGCGACACCUGAGAACGGUCCGCGACAUCCGACGUUGCUUAGCGUCGCUUUUGAAUUAGGUCUGCAGGUGAUGCGCAUGACGCUAUCGUCCCUGAAUUGGCGGAGGCGCGAGAUGGUGCGGUGGUUGGUCACGUGCGCUACUGAAGUAGGUGUGGAGGCAUUGAUCACCAUCAUGCAAAACUGGUAUCAGUUCUUUACGCCAACGGAGGCCACAGGUCCGGUGGCGACCACUGUCAUGUCGCCAAGCACUCUUAUGCGGCUCAAUUUGGCGUUUGUGCAGCAGGACGAACUUUCAAGUUGCGCGAGGACGCUUGCUUUACAAUGUGCUACAAAGGACCCUCCGAACUGUGCCUUGAACGCGCUCACACUGUGCGAAAAUGAACCGCUGGCGUUCGAGACGGCGUAUCAGAUCGUCGUGGAGGCGGCAUCGCAUAUCAUGACUUCCUCGCAGCUCUUCACCAUCGCCAGAUACAUGGAGCACCGUGGGUAUCCCACGAGGGCUUACAAGCUUGCUGUACUCGCGAUGAAAAAUGUGCAUUUAGCAUACAAUCAAGAUACUCAUCCAGCAAUAAACGACAUUCAUUGGGCGUGCGCGCUUAGUCACUCCCUUGGGAAGUCGGAACUGACCAAUAUGAUCCCGCUUCUAGUUAAGAACGUGCAGUGCGCGACUGUAUUGUCGGACAUAUUGCGGCGUUGCAGUAUGACCGCACCCGGCAUAUCCUGUCCACAUCCGACUACAUUGGAUGGUGGUAAGCACAUUACAAUGCCGCAGCACCGUUCUUCACGAGGCUGCACGGCGGGUAUCAAACCAUUGUCGUACGAUAGACCACCAUUGAGGCAGUUACUGGAGGCAGCCGUCGCCGCGUAUAUUAACACUACGCAUUCACGUCUUACGCACAUCUCGCCGCGUCACUACGGUGAUUUCAUCGACUUCCUUACGAAGGCACGUGACACAUUUGUGCUUGCACAAGAUGGCGUCGCACAAUUCAGUCAGCUCAUCGAGAAUAUGAAGGUCGCCUAUAAGGGCAAAAAGAAGCUGAUGUUCUUGGUGAAGGAGCGCUUUGGCUGAUACGCGGCGGGCGCGCCCUGCGACUCACGAAGCUUCGGUAAGCCACGGACAAUAUACAGUAUGAAAUUUUAGACGAUAAUCUUCCACAAAACACAAAAUGGCGGCGGAGACAAAAUCGAAACGCAGAUUUGCAGACGCACUUAAAUUUAAAGCAUUAUUUAAUCGUUACAUUAUAUUGUUUGAUUUUCGUUUACUAUUAGUUAAUGCGCAGACUGAUUUAUUGUUUAAUUGACUAUUAUUUAAGUUCGAAUGGCGCGCACACGCAACAACUGACGGCUUAUUUAUUUUUCUAUUAGAAAACGUACGAAAACCAAGCGGCGCGCGUCAUGUCUGGUUAAAAAAGAUCUCAACGAAAGUAGGCAGGGCGAACACGGAAUGCGGAAUUAAUGUCUGUUCAAAUUCAUUCGGCCCUUUUAAAUAAUUUGUGUUAAGAUUUUGUAUAAUCAACCAAAGAUUGUUAUAUGUAAAUUAUUAUUUAAUUAGUUUCCUUGUAUAUAUGUCAUGUACAUUUUGUUUAGUUGAGAUUACGUAAGUGGUGCAAACGAAUCUGAAUCUUGUUCAAACUUUUUAAUCAAACUUGCGAAACGUAUUUGAAUCAUUUAUCAAAACGUGUACAAACGAUUAGACUUGUAGAGCCCAAUUACAAAAAAACAUAAACUUACUUAAUGACUGAAUUAAUAAGUAAGAUCGCAAUCAAAAUUCUCUCUGAUGAACAACUAACUACUGGGCUUGAAAUUAUUUCAUCUGUGAUUCAAGCAGUUUACCACUUGCUGUUAUUCAUUUCUAUGAUUAUCUUAGGAUUACUUUGCAGUUCUUGCACCGUAUUAUUUGUACUGUAUUAAGUUUCCUCUUUACUAUGAUAAUUCUAGUUUAGAAUAAGUUUUCAUUUCAUGUAAGACGAAAUGUAAGGGCACGCAUGUGGUUUAGCAUUCUUAUAAGCGCAGUGAAUUCGAUUUUGACAACUCGACGUGAUAAUCUUCCAGUAAGUUAUGUGCAAAUAUGAAAAACCUCACACUGCGCUUCUUAAAAUGUUAAAUUAUGCGUUUUCAAGAUAUAAUUAGAUUGACUUUACGUCCAUUUUGCCGAAAACGAAACAAAGGAACAUUGCAUGUUGUCACGUACACUGCAAAAGAGGAAAAUGAUUGAAAAUAUUGUCUAUGUAUAUAAUUGAAAGUGAACAAUUCAUUCCAGACGAAUUAAUCGAAGCAUUCAACUAUGUAAGAUUACAAUUCUGUUUUGUAAACUUUGCGAAGGAAAUUUAAAUUUUAAACUAAUUUCUACCAUUAAUGCAAUUAAUUCGUUGUUGUGUUGUGUUUUACGUGUAAAAAAAACAAGAUAGUUCUGUAAGUAGGUAAAAUAACGAAACAUAAGCGUGACGACGAGGCAAAACGUAACGAUUGUAAUUUACGACGGCGGCGCGGAAAAAAAGUUGAGAAAUUGUACAUAUUGCCAAAAAAUAAUAAUGUUAAAUUAGAGUAAUGUGCUAAAAUGCAUGGCUGCAUUUAAACAUAUUUAAAAUUAAUGAGAAACGUGCAAGAACGCGUUCGUUUUCGUUCGGAAUUCGAAAAGGUAGCAGAUGGAGACAAAGAAGAAUAAACAAACACAGUAAACAAGUAGCAAUGGUUGCAUACGUCAUGUCUGGUGUGUGUACGAAUAAUUUAUGAUUAUUUUUAUGACGACGAAAACGAGAUGAUAAUGAAAUGAAAAAAAUAAAACAACAUAUUUGUAACGAA